GAGGCCUUUUCUUUGCCAAGCCGAUGCGUUCUCAAGGAUACGUCACCAUGCUGGACCCAUUCCAACUGCUGUACGGGAAGAGGAUGGGUGGACUGCUCUUCAUCCCAGCGCUCAUGGGAGAAAUCUUCUGGUCAGCCGCCAUUUUGUCUGCCCUGGGUGCCACUCUGAGUGUCAUCGUAGACAUAAACAUCAACAUGUCAGUAGUAAUUUCAGCUCUCAUAGCCAUCUUCUACACUCUGGUGGGAGGACUUUACUCUGUGGCCUAUACGGAUGUGGUCCAGCUCUUCUGCAUCUUUCUUGGAUUGUGGAUCAGCGUGCCUUUUGCUUUGUCCAACCCGGCUGUGUCAGACAUCAGUAUCACUGCUAAAGAAGUGAUCUACCAAAGUCCAUGGCUGGGGAAGAUUGUGCCUGAGGACAAGUGGCUGUGGGCUGACAACUUCUGUUUAUUGAUGUUAGGGGGGAUCCCAUGGCAGGUGUAUUUUCAGAGGGUUCUUUCAGCCUCUUCAGCCACAUACGCACAGGUGCUCUCUUUCCUCGCGGCUUUUGGCUGUCUAGUUAUGGCUGUGCCCUCCGUCCUGAUUGGAGCCAUAGGAGCUUCCACUGAUUGGAACCAGACAACUUAUGGAUCUUUAGCUCCAAAGGACAAAGAUGAGUCGGACAUGAUUUUACCCAUAGUCCUCCAACACCUGUGCCCGCCCUAUAUUUCUUUUUUUGGUUUGGGGGCGGUCUCAGCGGCUGUGAUGUCAUCCGCAGACUCAUCCAUCCUCUCCGCCAGCUCCAUGUUUGCCAAGAACAUCUAUCAAGAGGCCUUCCGACAAUCGGCAUCGGACUGGGAAAUAGUAUGGGUGAUGCGCUGCACAAUCUUUGUUUUUGGAGCAGCUGCUACUGCCAUGGCUUUACUAACUGGAUCUGUCUAUGGCCUCUGGUACUUGAGUUCAGAUCUGGUUUACGUCAUCAUCUUUCCUCAACUUCUUAGUGUUUUGUUCGUCAAAGGGACUAAUACAUAUGGCUCUGUGGCUGGCUACACUUUUGGACUUUUGUUGCGCAUCGGUGGAGGCGAACCCUACCUCAAACUACCCCCGUUUAUCUACUACCCCGGCUGGGUUACUCAAGAGAAGGUCCACCAUCUUACAGGGGAUGUGGAGUAUUUUAUCCAGCAACGUUUCCCAUUCAAAUCUGUUUCAAUGCUAGCUUCAUUAUUGGCUAACAUUGGCUUUUCAUAUCUGACUAAAUAUUUAUUUGAAAGUGGUAUGCUGUCCCACAAAUAUGACUUUUUGGAUGCAGUGGUGUCCAAGCAUAGCAAGGAGAUUAUGGACAAGACUACACUAGUUAACAACCAGGAUAAUAUUAGAUUAGCAGAGAUGGCACCGGUCAGACAAGCGUUGGGAGCAUCACGGGGUGGGACAUUUACAAACACUGAGAUCUUGAGCGACGAUGGUGGAUCAAGUCCUGAGCCAUCUGAAAAUGAGGACUAA